UCUUCUUUAUUUUCAUCAUUUUUAAUUUUUCUCAUAUUCACAUUCACUUGUUUGGAAAGCCUUUGACCUUGAGUAACACGUGCUUGUAACAGAAGCUCUGCAGUAGCUCAAUACAGAUGCUUACUGAGAUUCACGCUGGGCCAGAUCUGCGUAGAUUUGUAGAGUAUCAGUAUGUCUUUUCACAUAAAUUGACUAAGUCAUUGAUCUUAAUCUCAACAUAAAAGUGAUUCAUAUUUGAGGUUAUUUUAGAUAGGUUAACAGCAUUUCACCAACAAAACAUCGUUUCGAAACUUAAAAACAGCUGAAUACUGAAAACUGUUAUCACAAGGACUAUCAUUCUUUUAUAGGCAAAGAAUUGACAGAUUAAACAAUUUGUCUGAGGUCACACAGCUAGUAGUUAAGUGGGUUGGCCAGGAUUUAAACACAGGCAGUUUGAAAUGCAACCCACAAACUUCACUACACUAUAGGUAUCUCAAAGAAAGUGGCAUCUGAGAUGGGUCCUCUAGCAGGUUGCACCCCCAACUCCCAGGACUAAAGGGAACUGGUAAAGGCUGGGAUAUCCGCUCUUGGGAAGGAGUUAGGGAACAAAUUAGGAUCAAAGCUCAUGAAGACAAUCUCAGGAGAGGUUGGGCAUCUAGCUUGGCCAUGGAGGCAGUCAGCACAUUUAUGGAACUUUCUAGGGUUGGUCUCAAUCCUCUGGAUCCUGUGUGGGACACAGGUUGUGUGCCAGAGACCAACAGAAGGGGAAAGGGCCUAUGGAUAGCAAGCCUUAAGAGUGUGGCCUGAGACUGGCCCCGGGUAUUGCCCAAGUAGAGAAAAGGCCAUUAAGCCUGGUGGGAGGGGAUGGCCCAUGGAUGGGCCUGGUGCUGGGAAAGCCCCAGACAUACGCCUUCCUAUUAGUCUCUCCUCCUUUUACUUCAUUCAUGAUAAAUCACUCUCUUCUCCCUCACACAGGGCCCUGUGGGAGAUGACAGACCUCUCUCAACACGGGUUCCUAUCCUCCAGAAUCUCACCUUGAGGUGACUUUGGACUGGGAGACUUUGCUUCUCAUUUAAUCUUUACAAUCUGAGGAGGUGGGUGAUAUCCUCCUCUGAUGAUAAAAUGAUGAUAAAAUUGAGACAUUAAAGAGGUUAAGUAACUUGCUUGAGGUCACACAACUAGUAAGAGGCAGGGCCCAGAUUACUUUGGGUCUAUUGGAUAGUAAAGUGGUUUUAUUAUCAGUACUUACAAAGAUAGAGACAGAAAAGCAAAAACUGAGUUAACAGCUGCCCUGUCAAUGCCAGCACUGGGAUAAAGCAGCAGAAAUGCUUAAAUGUAACAGUACUGGGCAUAUGUUGCAAAAAUUCUAUGAGGUUCUUCUAAAUUCUUCCUAAACACGGAAGGGUUUGGAGCAUCCAAUAUUACCACAAUCUCAAUCACGAACUGGAGAAAUUACCAGUGUAAUGAAUUCUCAUUGCAUAUCCAUUCUUUGCUAUUGCUAGAUGGACUUCACGUCAGCAUAGAAUUUUCUUCCAAACGCCAAGAUGCACCAACUCGCUCGCAGGUUCAACGACAAGCUAUACUCCAAUCUCAACACCCCUUCCCCACCACCAAUACCCAGGCGGCAAGUAGAUCCUUGAAGGCAGGAUUCAAAAGGGCAUCCCCACUGCCUCGCACGCUCAGAUGCUGACCCCAAUCUCACCCUUCCAGGCCCUUCGCCCCCUGUGCAUUCUCAACAAAUGCUCAGCUCUGCGGGGUCUCCGUCCUGGGGGAGGUAGCCCCUUCUUUGGUGUUAGCAAGCGAACCCCUGGCCAUGCAGGUGUCGGAGUGGGACCUCCCCGCCCCAAGCGAAGGAGACCUCUGGGGUCCCUGCCAGGUCUGGAGUUCGGAAGCUAGGCGACAGGAAACACCGCGGGCCCGGCGCAGAUUCCAAGGCCAGCCCGGGGCGGGGCCUUCGCGGCGCGCGGAGGGAGCCACCGGAGGUUCGGCAGGUAGGGCAGGGCUCACGUCCAAGGGUGGGGCGGGGCAGGGGCAGGAGGCGGCCACGGGUGAAGCCUCAGAGCUAGCACACAAUGGGCCGGAGCGCCACAACAUGAGCCGAGCCAACGCGCCGCCGCACCACGUGGGCCGCAAAAUGCGCCGCGCUGCCAGAAGCCAGCCAGCCCACGCCGAGCGCGGAGCAGCGCGGCGCGGCGCGGCCUACGUGCGCGCACGCGAGCGUGCGUGCGUGCGAUUUGCGAUCAGGCGGCGCGGCGGACAGCCCCGGCGGCGGGGCGUGGGGAGUUAUAUUGCGGGGUCCUUCCUCGCUCACCCUGGUUCCUCUCGGAGCGGAGACGGCAAAUGGCGGACUUCGAUACCUACGACGAUCGGGCCUACAGCAGCUUCGGCGGCGGCAGAGGGGCCAGGCCGCAGCGGCGCUGAGUGCCCGGCAGGACAAGCUCCCGCUUCCAGCCCCAUCCCCCAGUACGGCGGGGCCAGCGCCGGGCUGUGCUGCAGCGCGGGGGUGGGGGCCGCGGCCUGUCCCGCUCCAGUCCCGGUCCCGGCCGCGGCUUCCUGUUGUCAGCCUGCGCUGCAGGCCCCCUGGCCCCUUUUGCCAGGAGACCAGCGGGCUUGAACUUCUCUGAUGUCGGUACGCGGGCCCCUCCCUGUUGUGGCCUCUCCCGUUGCGGAGCACAGGCUCCGGACGCGCAGGCCCAGCGGCCAUGGCUCACGGGCCCAGCCGCUCCGCGGCAUGUGGGAUCUUCCCGGACCGGGGCACGAACCCGUGUCCCCUGCAUCGGCAGGCGGACUCUCAACCACUGCGCCACCAGGGAAGCCCUGACUGUUUGUUUUUACAGGCUGUUUGAAAGGAUGUGUGGCUUUUUUGCAGGUACUUUUAAUAUACUUAAUUUUGAUAACUAUCAUGUGAGGUAGCAGCAAGUUAAAAUUUGAUAUCGUUAAAUAAUUAUUAAGUAUUAUUUUAUUUUAAUGUAUAUAUGUGUUUUAGUACAGGUUACUUGGGUUCUUAUGACUUUUCAAAUAUUAAAUGAAGAGAAGAACAGUUAGCUCUGACUGAAUGCUUUUGAAUUCUAGGUUUUAAAUGGUGGUCUAUCUACGGCAAUUUGUAGUUACCUAAAAUAAUUUACGUUUUAAAAUAAAUUGUAUAGUUGUAAGUUACUUGUGGAUCAUAUCAAAUUCGACAUUGCCUGAAAAUGUGGUUUCAUGUAAAAUGAAAUGGAGCUGGUAGUAUGUGGAAUGUCAAAUCUCAAAUAGUAAGUCUUCUAUUUUGGAAGAAAAGAACCUGUAAAGUUCAAAACUAAUCCAUAGAAAUAGUUUACACCAUACCUUUAAGACAGAUUUCUUUUGUGGCAGUAUUUCUGAGGACCAAUAAAUAGCUUGAGUUUUAAGAUUUCAUUUUCUCUGAAAAAUCUGGUACUUUUUUUGGCUGCAUUGGGUCUGUGUUACUGCGGCAGGCUUUCUCUAGUUGCAGCAAGUGGCGGCUACUCUUCGUUGCGGCGCGGCCUUCUCAUUGCGGUGGCUUGUCUUGUUGCAGAGCAUAGGCUCUAGGCGCGCAGGCUCAGUAGUUGUGGCACACGGGCUUAGUUGCUCUGUGGCAUGUGGGAUCUUCCCGGACCAGGGCUUGAACCCAUGUCCCCUGCAUUGGCAGGCAAGAUUCUUAACCAAUGCGCCACCAGGGAAGUCCCAAAUCUGGAACUUUUGGACUGAGUAACCUUUUUCACCCAUAUGAAGUUAUUAAAUUACUAAGCCCAUUUCUUUCUUUUCAUGUGUGGGAGUCCAAAAUUUUAGUUCAUUAUGAUAAAUACCUUUUCCCAGUAAGAAAAGUUCCCUAAAAGACUAUGUAAACCAGAAGUCCCUUUCGUGUUCACUAUUCAUCUAAAACAAGGCUUUCAAACUGCCUGUUGUGUCCUGUUGGGAGAUGAUGAAAUCAACUUAGUGUGGGUCCUGGUAAGCAUCUUCUAAGGUGAAAUAGAAUAGAGAAUAGUGUGCAUUAUACUAUGAGUUAGUACUGUUGGCAGGCUUUUAAAAAUUAAUUUGUGUAGUUAACAUGCAGGAAUGUAUGCAUGUAUUAAGUUGUGAUGUAAAAUGUAUUUCUUGUUGUACACAGCCUGAAAAUUGUUUGAAAAAUACUUAAGUACAUAAUUGGGGAUGUCAUCUGAAUACAUGUAACCCUCUCUUAUAAUCUAAAUUUUUUUCCAAAUAAGCGUACCCACAUUGGUGAAGAAGUUACUGGCAACCCUAAAGUAGUUGGUAGGCCUGUGGCUUCAUUCCUUCCACCCUGAGUCUCAGAUACUGUAAUAGUUCUGGAGAUAAAGCAGUGAACAAGACAAGAGUUCCUGCCUCAGAACAACUUUGCAUUUCUCUGCAUUGCUUUUUUU